GCUUUUAUUUACUGGGAAUCAGAAGUCAAUUGCAAAAUCCACAACAUGAUACCUGCAAAUUUUUCCUAACCCGGGAAACACCACUUUUAACAUCGGGUCAUAGCAAACACAUAUCUCAACUGACGUUGACUGUAAAUCAAGGCCAUUUGCAUAUAAUCAGUUUUGAAUUAGUGCAUCAUCCAAAUUUUUUUACGAACCCUUAUAGUGUCCGUUUAUCAAAAUGUCUUCAUUGAGUUCAAACCAAAAGGACCAAAUCAUGACCAAAAUAAAGGAGCAAGUCGCCACAGAAAACGCGCAGCAACUACUCAUCCGUAUGACUGAAAAAUGCUUCAGAAAGUGCAUCUACAAACCGGGGACAGUUAUAGAUGGAAGCGAACGGAAAUGCAUUGCAAUGUGCAUGGAUCGUUAUCUAGAUUCAUGGAGAUUGGUGUCCGUAGCGUAUAACAACCGUUUACUUCAGGAGAGCGGCAUGCAGUCAGUACAUUCGGAUCAGUAAUGUCGAUGUUUAAGCCGGAGUAGCGCCCGAUGUAAUGGGGAACUUUCUAGCAAGGACCUUAGUUUAGGGAUGGCUGUUUUUGGACCUUAAAAUUUGUUUGACUUUCCUAUCCUGAAAUUCGAUUUUUCGACCUCGAAAUUCUAUUCUAAUCAUAGUAAACUGACAAGGGUUUGGCAUUGGAAAUCAGUCAUACUUCGGCCUCACUGUUUCUGCCUAAAUUACGUUUGGUGUUUAUUUACAAAAGAAGGAUGUCACUUUCCGCUAGCCAAAAGGAUGAAGUUAUGGAGAAGAUGAAGAAGCGAUUUGUCGCAGAGUACGUGGAGGAACUUUUAUCCAAGAUGACUGAGAAAUGCUUCGACAAGUGCAUCUAUAAGCCGGGGAAGACUGUGAAUGCGAAUGAGCGGAAGUGCAUUUUGAUGUGCACGGAUCGGUAUUUGGAUUCGUGGAAUGUGGUCUCGCUCACGUAUAAUGCUCGACUUGGUGAUCAAAGUCAUCCAUGAAUGCCGAUUUAAAAUUUCAUUGGGAACAAGUUUUGUGACGUCUUUUAAUCAAAUUUAUUUGUAUGUUUGUUUGUUUAAUUUUUGAUUUUUGCAUACAAGAAUAGCCUUAUUAUUA